UUCCAGAACAUCGUCUAUAUUGUCGCAAAGUGCUUGACAUUAUCCCUACCCAAAGCCCCCAGUGAGCAAGGCAGCAAUGACAGUGGAAAGAAAAAAACUCUAGAAGGAAGAAACCAUCAGAGAACCAGAUUCAAAGGGGGAGCCCAUCCUCCUUAAGCCAGAAAAGGUCAUCAAAUUAAGAAAGCCCUGAAAUCCUGAAAACAUUCUAUAUAUUAACUGUAACCAUGUAUUAUGUGCACACACAUGAAGACAAGAAAGACUGGAUGAAUGUUGUACUUCAGGUAGAAUAUCAUCAUCAUCUGCAACAGACAGAAGGGGGACAGAACAGUGGCAGCAGAAAUUAUAGGUCCAACGUCAGUGUUUCACACCGUUUUAGAAGAUGUUCAAGAUGUUUAGUGAACUUCAGUGGAAUUUUGUCUGAGGAACUUAGGUAAAAGAAAAUGGUUGUCGACGGCUGAAGUUUUUUCAUAACAAAAACAGAAGAAUUAUAAAGGAUUACAGCUAAUUUGAUCUGACUAAACUACGUUUGAUCAUCAUAAAUUUCUUCUGUGAUGAGGCUUCACAGUUAGACUCCAGGACGCUGCUGGUGAGGAAAUGAUGUCAAAGAACGUGCGAUGCCCCCCUGCUGGUGCGAGUCAAGAAAAAAGUCCGAGCUGCCGAGAGCUGCUCCACAUCCCGGGAAACGCCGUCCGUCCCUACAGCGGCGUCUUAGACAUCUUUCAGGGAGGAUGGUGCAGGUGAAGAGGAUAUGCUGCAUAGGGGCCGGGUAUGUGGGGGGGCCCACCUGCAGUGUGAUCGCCCAGAUGUGCCCAGGACUGAUGGUCACGGUGGUGGAUGUGAACGAGGACCGCAUACGAGCCUGGAACUCUGACAGCCUGCCUAUCUUUGAGCCUGGCCUUCAAGAAGUAGUUGAGUCCUGUCGGGGAGUCAACCUCUUCUUCUCCACAGAUAUCGACAGUGCGAUCCAGGAUGCAGACCUCGUCUUUAUCUCGGUGAACACCCCAACAAAGACUUUUGGGAUUGGUAAGGGGAGGGCUGCAGACUUAAAGUACAUUGAGGCAUGUGCACGGCGCAUCGCCGACGUCUCCACCGGCUGUAAGAUCGUGGUGGAGAAGAGCACGGUCCCUGUCAGGGCGGCAGAGAGCAUCCGGCGAAUCUUCAACGCCAACACAAAGAGCACGCUCAGUUUCCAGGUUCUGUCUAACCCAGAGUUCUUGGCAGAGGGGACAGCCAUCUCAGACCUGAAGAACCCAGACAGGGUUCUCAUUGGGGGGGACGAGAGCCCAGAGGGUCAGUGUGCGAUCGAAGCUUUACGAGACAUUUAUGAACACUGGGUGCCCAAGGACAAGAUAAUCACCACCAACACGUGGUCAUCUGAACUCUCCAAGCUUGCAGCCAAUGCCUUCCUGGCCCAGCGCAUCAGUAGCAUAAAUUCCAUCAGCGCCCUGUGUGAAGUGACUGGCGCUGAUGUGGAGGAGGUGGCUCACGCCAUUGGCACAGACCAGAGGAUUGGGAGCCGCUUCCUUAAAGCCAGUGUGGGGUUUGGUGGGAGCUGUUUCCAGAAGGACGUACUGAACCUUGUCUACCUCUGUGAGGCCCUGAACCUGCCUGAGGUUGCGAGAUACUGGCAACAGGUGAUUGAAAUCAAUGACUACCAACGGCAGCGUUUCUCCUCACGAAUCAUUGGAUGCCUCUUCAACACAGUGACAGACAAGAAGAUAGCACUGUUGGGCUUCGCCUUCAAGAAGAACACAGGUGAUACCAGGGAGUCUUCCAGCAUCUAUAUCAGUAGGUAUCUGAUGGAUGAGGGUGCUCGGCUCCACAUCUAUGACCCCAAAGUGAAGAAGGGGCAGAUCAUCCAAGACCUGUCUCAGCCAACCCUGUCCCAUGGAGAUGACACCCAGAGAGUGUCUCAGCUUGUCACCAUUGCCACUGACCCGUACUCUGCCUGUGAGAAUGCUCAUGCAAUUGUCAUUUGCACAGAGUGGGACAUGUUCAAGGAGCUGGACUAUGAACGAAUCUACAAAGCAAUGUUAAAACCCGCAUUCAUCUUUGACGGUAGAAGAAUCCUUGACAGUCUGCACGACCAGCUUCAGCAUAUAGGCUUCCAGGUGGAGACAAUCGGCAAGCGAGUGAGCCAGAGAAUUCCCUUCACUGGCAGUAACGAAAUUUCAAAACCCGAGCAGCUGCUACCUUCUAAGAAGCUCAAACAAUAAUUUUUUUUUAUGGCUCACUGGAUUCAGAGGGUGAUGACUUCCAUUUCAAGAAAUAUGGUUAAUUUCUGCUCAGUUUUACAUCACAAAAGACUCGGUUGAAUGAAUGUCUCCAGAAUGUUUUUAUCUUUCCAUGUAUUUACUUUCGACAAGUGAAGACUUCAAAACGUUUUGAAAACGUUUCAAAAAGUUUUAAAGCAGGUUGUUUUAUAUGCUGUAUUUCAGCUGUGUGGGCUGUCAGUUUUAAAAAUAUUUCUGAAUACUGAAAUACAUUUCAUCAGAAUACAUCUUAUCAGAACUUCUGCAAAUGCUGUCAUUGCAGUGAAAUUUUUAUUUUUUUAAGAAUUUUAAAAUUCUCAUUGCUCAGCUGAGAGUCUAGAUUGUUUCUGCUUCACUGUGAAAGUUCCAUGAGACAACUUCAGUAUUAUUACAGCUGCUUAUCAUUUACAGUGACAUUACAGCAUUAGGAUGGAUGUCCGUUUGGCCAAUUUAUAUUAUAAAGGGAGGAAGAUGAUUAAAUUGCCUUGAUAACCCCACAAUAUGUACAUUAACUUGCCUGGCUCUAGCUCUGAAUACAGUAUCAGUAUUGUGUUUUGAUCUUCUUUGGACUGUUAGAACUUCAAGAGCAAGCAGACAAGACAAUAAAAUUCUCCUUUACAAAAAGUGA